AUGGUUUAUUCAAGUUGGUGCAGGCUUUGUGGAAGCACUUUAGGUAGUUUUGAGAUAUCCGGUAACAUGGAACAAAUCAUAGACGAUGUUUUAAAGACGAAAGCCCAAAUGUUACAAAGUAUGUUUAAGGAGCUUCGUGAUUGUUCCGAUCUUCAUGCUACUGAAUUAUCGGAAAACGAGCUGAACAUUUACAGAUCUCGCUUUGGUCUUGAAAAAAUAACUCAAAACAAUAUCGUUAAAGAAGAAUAUAUUGAAGAAAACAAUGAAAUGGAUCAUUUAUAUCAGAGUGAAUCAGUGAAUCAAAGACAUCCUAAACGAAAACAUGAAGAAAUUGAUUUUGAAAAGUUUAAUGAGUUCAAAUGUCAUGUCUGCAAUGAAAACUUCAACAAAGCACAAUUUCUUACUGUUCAUUGUCGUAUUGUCCAUCUGACAAAUCCACAAUUUUCAUGUUUUUGUGGAGAAAAUUUCAGUUCUUGGAAUAGUUUGAUGACACACAAGUCAAAGCAUAUUAAAGAUCAGAAUGAAAUAAGUGUUUCGGAUGGUAACACAGAUGAUCCUUUACAACCACAAAAUAGAUUCAUACAUAGGGAAGAGAAUUUUCAAGACGAUCAAGCGAGUGAUGAAUCAGAAUUCGAUUCAUCGAAUGAUUCGAAAAGCAUCGCACAAUCUGAUGGAUCAUGUCGAAAGAGAAAAGCAUAUUCAGUUAUGUAUAAAGCAAAUGUUCUCAAAGAUUAUUCAGCAGGAAUAAAAGGAAAAGGUCUCAGAGCGCUUGCAAUUAAACAUAAUGUAAGAUUAUCAACAAUUCGAGGCUGGGUGAAAGAAAAAGAAAGAAUAAUAUUUCAAAAUAAUCGCGGAGGAAAUUCGAAUUGCUUACGCAAAAAAAUUGGCAGUGGUAGAAAAGCAAAGUGGCCUGAACUUGAAAGUUUACUUUAUGAUUGGUAUUCGGAACUUAAUCAGCUUAAUAUUCAAAUUCUUCCCCGACAUUUCAAACUCAAAGCAAAAGAAAUUGCAAAUGAACUCAACCUCGAGAACUUUACUGCAUCAGACAAAUGGUUGUCAUCGUUUAAAAUUCGAUUGAGAAAGGUCAAUUGUAAGUAA